AACCUCACGAUACUGGAGCAUUUAGAUAAAGUGUUGGUCGCUGGUAAACCACAGCCGCCACCACCAGCACCACGACCUCCGCCUCCACCACCACCAGCAAGAAUUCUCCCAGCGGAUGACGAAGUUUGGAAAAAAUGCAGAGAAAAGGGAUGUAUGCUCUCAUGGGCAAUGCGCUAUGAAGACAGCCAAGUAGGAACCUAUUACGUUCCGCCCCACCCAACAGCAGCGUCGCCGUACCAAAGUCUGAGUGACCUUGCGAGGUGGUUUUGGUUUCGAUGGCCCCAAGCCAGCAUAAGGGAGGAAUAUUUCGACUUCAAUCGGGCUUGGGGCAUCGGCCAUGCACUCGAAGAACUUGGAGUUAAUCCGUAUGCAGAUGAAUACGAGGGAGGCGAGAACCGGGUCCACAGUGUUGACCACAAACUACCACCCGAUAACCCCUACCACGAUAUUCCUGUCGCGGACCAGAAGUACAAGGUCAACGGCAAGACGUAUAGGGCCACAGCUGCUAGUUUUUCGUUUUCACUUAAUCCGAAAGACGGUGUCAUCAUUGGUCUGAACCGAGAGAGCCCCAAAGCAACGGGAAAACAACAGGAGCCACCAGUCCCAGAUGACCAGAUGCCGGAACUUACCCAGUUUUCUGAUGUGGCGUGGCUGAGUUGGGAUGAUAUGGUCAAAGAGAAGAACGGGGAUCUCAAAAAUAUUCGAUAUCUCAUCUCAGUUUUGGUCGUCAACAGGGAGACCGUCUCAGUCGUACUGAGAGCAUCGGAAAACAGGGGAUGGGGAGUCGAGGAUUGGCCAGGUCAUAUAUUUGAGGACGGGUCGCCAGAGAUGCAUGCAAUCAUGGGUAAGCAAGGCUUCGCGUAUAUGCUAAUUCAGCACAAAGCGCAGCUGGGUAAUCUGUACGUCAGCAAAAUACAGGUCUUCAGAUGUGAAACAUUGCACCGCAAUCCAUGCAUUGUUGCACAUGUAUCGCAACCAGGCUCUGGUUUAGGAGGCGGUCCAGAAUUGAUCCCAAACGAGGGCGUUGCGGAGCAGGUAUCAGUCAGAGGAGUAAGACGUGACGAAAACCAUAAUUUGGUUCGUACACACAAAAUAUUCGCGAAUUUAUAA